GUUUGUAGAUGUGCUAACCUGGAUGUUUGAACUGAACAGUUGAGGUGCAGCCAUCAGGAGAUGUUGGUGGCCCAACAUGUCCUCCUCCAGGAGUUAAGGUCCUCCUCUGUCCCUCUUCCUCAGGUGGUGCCCAACACCCAGCUGAAGCACAUCUUGUCUCUGUGGAAGGUCCUGGCAGCUCGCAGGUCCAUGCUGUUGGUGCAGAUGAACCAGGAUCCCUUCUACCUGGUCCCUGAGGAGUUCCAAGGUCAGCUGGAUGCGGAAGAGGUGAAGGACCUGGCCUUGGCUUUGUCCACCACCGACCUCGACCUCUUCCUCAUUGAGCUGCAUGAGAUGAUCAUGGUGGCACUGUCCAACCUGCAGCCUGAACAUGAGUUGAAGUAUGCCUUCAGGUGGUUCCUGGAGGACAAUCAGGACUCUGAUGACUUUGUGGACACCCUCACAAAUGCCCUGGGCCAAGAUAUUCGUGUCAAGAACACCCUCUCUGUCUGGAGGACAGCUGCCAGGACCAGCCAGAUCCAUCUCCCUGCAUAUGGCCAGGAGAGACCAGCCCAAGGCAGCCAUUAGUCUCCUUCUCACCCUGUCUUCACUGGUGGACAGAGAGGAAACAUCUACCCCACAACCCACCAUCCACACAUGAGCUGCACGUGGGCUCCUGGAGCAGCUUGAGCCUCCAACCCCCCCAAAUCCUUCUCUUCUUCCUGAACCUGGGUGAGAAGCUCUCACCUGGACCCACCACUGACCACCGGGAGACCUCAA